GCAGCUCCCAGGUUGCCCCACUAAACGUGCCUUACCCCUCCUCUUCUGCGUUUUAAAGGUUCCAAGUGGAAUACAAUGCAAAGAAUGUAGUUUCUGUCAGUCUGGUUGAGCUGUCCAGGGGAGUAAGAAGCAGGUCUGUCCAACUCGACAUACCACACUGUUUAUUUCAGACGGAGGAGAAGAAAUCUUGCAAAAGGACAACAGGGACCACUCCAUAUUUCUGCAUGUCUCCUGCUGCCAUUAUAAUCAUUUCUAGCAUCUGCUAAAGGAAAGAAUGUCCAAACUGAGAGAUCGGUCUACAGAGGAUCACCGAAUGCCCUUAAACAGUUAAUUUUGUUCGACCAUCACCAUGGGAGGAUGUUUCUCCAAACCUAAACCAGCUGAGGUAAAAGUUGAAGUUGUUUUGCCAGAGAAAGAAAGGGAAAAAGAAGAGCUCUCACCCAAUGGCAAAGCCAGUCCACUAGCCUACAAAACGAAUGGAACGACGAGGCACUAUCAUCAUGAGGAAAGGCCCAUUGUCCUCAAUCCGUACACAAACCCCAAGGAUGUGGUGGAAGCCUCAGUAUGCCAUGUGAAGGACCUGGAGAACGGACAGAUGCGUGAGGUUGACAUGGGAUGUGGUAAAGCCUUACUAAUUAAACAGAAUGGGGAGUACUACGCAAUGGGACACAAGUGUCCCCACUAUGGAGCUCCACUAGUGAAAGGUGUGUUGUCUAAAGGUCGAGUACGGUGCCCAUGGCAUGGUGCAUGCUUUAACAUAGCAACAGGGGACAUAGAAGAUUUUCCAGGCUUAGAUGGUCUGCCAAAAUUUCAGGUGAAGAUAGAGAAGGAGCGAGUUUAUAUAAGAGCAAGCAAACAGGCUCUUCAAUCACAGAGAAGGACAAAAGUUAUGGCAAAAUGUCUAGCUCUCAGUAACUAUAGCACUGCGAUUACCAACAUUCUGAUCAUUGGAGCAGGACCUGCUGGUUUAGUAUGUGCCGAAACUCUAAGGCAGGAGGGAUUCUCUGACAGGAUUGUAAUGUGCACCUCAGAAAAAUAUUUGCCCUAUGAUCGAUCCAAAUUAAGUAAAUCUAUGGAUUCUCAGGCUGAUCAGAUUUUGCUUCGCUCUAAGGAGUUCUUUCACACGUAUGACAUUGAAGUUCUGACAGAAACACAGGUCAUCAGUGUGGACACGAAGAGUAAGAUGGUGGUUUUCAAGGAUGGAUUCCGAAUGGAAUACAAUAAACUGCUGAUUGCAACUGGAAGCACCCCCAAAACGCUCACAUGUAAAGGAAAAGAGCUGGAUAAUGUAUUUACACUAAGAACUCCUGAGGAUGCCAACAGGGUGGUGAAGCUGGCAAGCAGCAGGAAUGCAGUGAUUGUUGGAGCAUCCUUCUUGGGUAUGGAAGUAGCAGCAUAUCUGUGUGAAAAGGCUCACUCUGUCUCUGUGGUAGAACUGGAGAAUAUUCCCUUCAAGAAAUUCCUGGGGGAAAAGGUUGGACUUGCCAUUUUAAAGAUGUUCGAAAACAAUCGAGUAAAGUUCUACAUGCAGACAGAAGUUUCAGAACUAAGGGAACAAGAAGGAAAGCUGAAAGAAGUGGUGCUGAAGAGUGGAAAGGUACUCAGGGCUGACGUAUGUGUGAUUGGCAUAGGAGCAAGUCCUACGACAAGUUUUUUAAAACAGAGCGGCAUCACCAUUGACUCCAGAGGUUAUAUUCCAGUUAAUAAGAUGAUGCAAACCAAUAUCCCUGGUGUAUUUGCUGCAGGGGACGUUGUAACUUUCCCUUUGGCCUUUCGGAAUAACAAAAAAGUGAAUGUACCCCACUGGCAGAUGGCGCAUGUGCAAGGCCGUAUUGCAGCCCUGAAUAUGUUAGCACAGGGUACUGAAAUCAACACUGUUCCCUACCUGUGGACAGCAAUGUUUGGAAAGAGCAUACGAUACGCAGGGAAUGGGGAAGGCUUUGACGAUGUCGUCAUUCAAGGAGACAUUGAAGAAUUCAAAUUUGUGGCUUUUUAUACACGGAACGAUGAGGUCAUUGCAGUUGCCAGUAUAAACUAUGAUCCUAUAGUGUCAAAAGUGGCUGAAGUAAUGGCAUCAGGAAAAACCAUACGGAAGCGAGAUGUAGAGAUAUUUAUUCAUCAUGGCAAAACUGGGGACAUAUCAUGGUUAACAGGAAAGGGAUCUUAGCAUCUCAAGCUGUCCAAAACUGGAACUGAAUCAAACGACGAACAUGCAUGCGGUAUUUGUGCAACUGUCCUGCAGAGAACAUUGUACCUGCCUGGCUUUCACGCAAAACCACACGCUUUCUUUAUAAAUCCUUACCUUCUGCAAAGGUUGUGAAAUGCUGACACCGGAAGAACUGAACUAAAACACCACCUUAAAAACAAUGUUAAUGCUGCAGCAUUAGGUUGUCAUGUGUCCAAUAAUGUGACAGCUGGAUGAGCUUGAUAUACUACAAUUCUCACUACUGGGGUUUGUAAAUACAUUUUGCUAGUAAUUGGAAAAAACGUAUUCUAGAGCUGUGGCCAGACUCUGUAUAAGUCCCCUUUAAGAAUGCAUGGGUAAUGAAAGCAUUUCUGUUCCCGUUCAGAAUAAAAGAUAGUAGAAGAUAGGCACCCAUCAUGCAAGUGUUAAAGACAAAUUAAAAAUAUUUGCUAUUUUUUAUUAUAUACGGUAAAUAGUCUAUCAAACCAUGAUUUGGGUUGAAGGGCAAUGUACAGACAUUAACAGCAGCUGAACAGCUCAUAUAAUAUGAUUUCUAUCAUUGUAGUUUUUUAUUCUGUUCCAGUACCUCUUUUCAGUCAACCACAUGUAUGAAAAAUAGGUACAUUUGAAAAAGUACUGGAUUGUUUAUACUAACAUUCGAUCCUUGUAGCUGAUAUUAUACAGAGCGUUGCUGCUACUCUGUAACAUGUGAAUUUUUCCAAUCACUAUUAAGAUUAGUAUUUUUUUUAAUAACUGCAACACUUUCAUAGUAUUAUUCACUAAAGUGAGAAUUUGAAGCAAAUGUCAAAUGUAGUGCCAAAGUAGCCAAACUGGAAGUAUAACUGACUUAGACAAUGCUUCCAGUGGUUAUGAUGUUAGGCAUACCCUGGCCAUGUUUCCUGGUAAUGGGGAAAACCAUUUUUCAAUGCUUUACCUGCUUAUCAGGACCUGUGCUGGGUCCCUAGGGUCCUCCAGUGGCCACUGAUGAUAUCCAGCUUCUGCAGAGCCCUCUGGCCAUCGAUUGACUGAGAGCAUAAGCUGACUACACCCAAUGAAUGCAAUGCAAGCAUUGGUAACUUGCUAAUGAUGCCCCAAUGAUGCUGCUGGAGGUGGACCUACACAUACAGCAGCAGAUAAGUUAAACUUUGUAUGUGCAGUGUUUCAAUGCAAAACACUGAAAUUACAGACUCUAAACACUAUAAUAACUUAAAAUCACUUAAGAGGUCAUGAUGCUUGGAAUAAACUUUUAAAUUUCAAAUUCAUUUGAAUUGACUUUGAAUUCUCGUUUUAGUAAAUAACCAUGUAGAUGUUUUGGUUUUUUUUCUUACAGCAUGUCACUGACUUAAAGUAAAUAAAAAGUGUAUUCAUGAGUGUUUAUUCAUUAAACUGUGAAUUGUGCAGAUUUAAUAAUUGAACAAAAGAUUUUAGGCUC